GGAGGUUGGCAACGUGGGUAUUCUUCUCUUGGGCCUCAAAACCCAAUGCCUCGCUCACCAAAGCACACGCUUCCGCUUCUCUUCCCAGUGGCCAUUGCGUCGGCGGCGGAGGGAUGGCGAAGGCCGGUGGGGGGAUGAUCUGGGCGACGGCGGAGGACCUGGCGCGGAGCCGGCCGGUGGUGCUGUCGCUGUACAGGCAGAUCCUGCGGGCGCUGAACUCGCCGGCGCUGCCGCUGGGGCACGCGGCGCGGCUGGCGAAGAAGGCGGAGUGCCGCGCCAUCUUCAUCUUCGCCGCCGAGGAGAGGUCGAUCCACAACAUCCGCGAUCUCCUCGACGCCGCGCGCCACACCCUCGGCCUCCUCCACCGCGGCCGCGUCCCUUGAGAGAUGAUGCUGAUGGGUAGGGUGAAGAUGAAGGCCAUGCCACAGGCAAAUAGUAGACCCCACCAUGGAAGCUGGACCUCAUGCUUCAGGACAGUGCAGAGGAUAAGUGCCACUGUCAUCGAAAGCGCCAUCAGUGAGUAGAACCACCACACUGGUAUGUCAUCGUACUUCUUCAUCAGCCUAGUGUGGAUAUCAGGCUUCUCCUUCUGCGAAGCUCGAAAACGGUGAUAGAUUUCCCUGCACAUUUGUUUGUCCGGUUCAGAUACAGAAGAUGUACCGUGUGAUUGUUUCAUGUAUUUAUGUACUGAUCAGAGAAUAUCUUACUUUCCAUAGAAGAGGCCGACGUGGGUGACAGUGGAGGCAAUGGUGGCAAAACUUAGACCAUAAGCGAGCGCGAAGAACACACUGAGGUUGAUCCUGCCAAGCUUAUUGUGCGAGGAGAAGAUGGGGAAUGUCUUGGCAUUGUACAGGUCGAAACCCCAGUAUGCUAUGGGAACGAGCACAUAGAGGAAGAGCACGAAGC